UAACGAGUGCAGAGCGCUGUUAGUGGCGGGUGUGGGGUUAUGGCGCGCACAAAGCAGACGGCGCGGAAGUCGACGGGCGGCAAGGCGCCCCGCAAGCAGCUGGCCACCAAGGCUGCCCGCAAGAGCGCGCCGGCCACGGGCGGCGUCAAGAAGCCGCACCGCUACCGGCCCGGCACGGUGGCGCUGCGCGAGAUCCGCCGCUACCAGAAGUCCACGGAGCUGCUGAUCCGCAAGCUGCCCUUCCAGCGCCUGGUGCGCGAGAUCGCGCAGGACUUCAAGACCGACCUGCGCUUCCAGAGCUCGGCCGUCAUGGCGCUGCAGGAGGCCAGCGAGGCCUACCUGGUGGGGCUCUUCGAGGACACCAACCUGUGCGCCAUCCACGCCAAGCGCGUCACCAUCAUGCCCAAGGACAUCCAGCUGGCCCGCCGCAUCCGCGGAGAGCGCGCCUGAGCUCCCUGCCGCAGCCCUUCCCGGCCGGGCAGUGAAGCAACCCACACAGACCCAAAGGCUCUUUUAAGAGCCACU